GGUCUUGUAGAACAGCAGUUCCUACUGACAUCAUCAGCACUCACCGCCUGAUUCGGGCCAGGAACAAUAUCAGAGAAGCCAGAAGCGGUAGUUAGCUUGCUAGUUACCUCUCAUGUUCAGUCGGGCUAUGGUUGACGUGCGGGAUUUACAGUUAAUAAACACUAAGGGAAUUGGAAGAAACCAUCUACUUUAACCUGACCACGUCCCAGAACUAAAAGGUCGGUUCGAAAACACAAACUAGCCAGCUGUCGUAGCUAACUAGCGUGCUACUUCCCAUUUGCGUCCUGCUGGAGAGGCCUGCCUCUUUCGUUCAUCACCGCCCUAGAGUAGGAAGCUUUUACCGAGAUUCUCAACUGUUUGCUGGCUUUUUUUUAAGGUCCGCCUGAUGUGCAGCCCCAGCGACGAUGCUUGUUGACUCUGCAGCACCCGCUGCGUGGCCCGCUGCUCAGCUGCCAACAGUUAGCAGUUGCACCAUGCCUGACUCCGCCUGGAUCGUCACGAGACGGUUCCUCAAGUCCUCCAAAUGAUAUGAUCGUAGCCGCCUGGAUUGCAUUCUGUGCCAGCAGAAGCCUUGCGCGUGGUCUGCUGCUCACCUUAGAGCAGCUGCACUUGCUACGGUUUUGGGAGCGUGCCACCGCAGCCGGGACCAUGGGCAACAGCUGUGUGUGCAGAGAAGACAGUGAUGUGGAGGACGGACCGGCGCAUCGCGGGCAGCUGAGACGCGUUGAUCAUGCAGCCGCAGAGCCACCGGAAUCACGCAGUAGCCGGCCCCGGGACCCAGUCAGACCGCCUCGGCGCGGCCGUGGACCUCAUGAACCUCGGAGGAAGAAGCAGAACGUGGAUGGACUGGUACUGGAUACCUUGGCCGUCAUCAGGACACUAGUUGACAAUGACCAAGAGCCGCCAUACUCCAUGAUCACACUGCACGAGAUGGCCGAGACAGAUGACGGCUGGCUGGAGGUGGUCCAGUCUCUCAUUCGGGUGAUCCCGCUGGACGACCCGCUGGGCCCGGCCGUGAUCACCCUGCUCCUGGACGAGUGCCCGCUGCCGACCAAAGACGCUCUGCAGAAGCUGUCGGACAUGUUGAGUCUGAGCGCCGCUGUGGCGCGGCAGGACGCCGUCAUCCCAGCCAAACACCGCAACACUACCGCCGUGCUGGGCUGCCUGGCCGAAAAGCUGGCUGGUCCAGCGAGCAUCGGCCUGCUCAGCCCCGGGACCCUGGAGUACCUGCUGGAGAGCCUGAGUUCCGAGGCCCACCCCACCGUCAUGCUCUUCGCUCUCAUCGCUCUGGAGAAGUUCUCGCAGACUAGUGAGAACAAGUUGACAGUGUCGAAUUCCUGCAUCAGUGAUCGGCUAGCUGUCCUGGAGUCCUGGGCCAACCACUCGGACUACCUUAAACGGCAGGUUGGGUUCUGCUCUCAGUGGAGCCUGGACAACCUCUUCUUGAAGGAGGGGCGUCAGUUCACCUACGAGAAGGUGAACCUGGGCAACAUCAACGCCAUGCUGAACAGCAAUGACGUCAGCGAGUAUCUGAAGAUCUCUCCCAGCGGGCUGGAAGCGCGCUGCGACGCUUCCUCUUUCGAGAGCGUGCGCUGCACCUUCUGCGUGGACUCGGGGGUGUGGUACUACGAGGUGACCGUCGUCACCUCAGGGGUCAUGCAGAUCGGCUGGGCCACCAGGGACAGCAAGUUCCUCAACCACGAGGGCUACGGUAUCGGGGAUGAUGAAUUCUCAUGCGCGUACGACGGCUGCAGGCAGCUGAUCUGGUACAACGCCCGCAGUAAACCACACUCCCACCCCUGCUGGACGGAAGGCGAUGCCAUUGGCUUCCUGCUGGACCUGAGCAAGAAGCAGAUGGUCUUCUACUUAAACGGGCACCAGCUGCCUCCCGAAAAGCAGGUCUUCUCUUCUACCACGUCUGGCUUCUUUGCGGCUGCGAGCUUCAUGUCCUAUCAGCAGUGCGAGUUCAACUUCGGGGCCACGCCCUUCCGACAUCCGCCCCCCGUCAAGUUCAGCACCUUCAACGACUUUGCCUCGCUGGCGUCCGACGAGAAGAUCAUCCUGCCCAGGCACCGGCGCCUGGCUCUGCUGAAGCAGGUCAGCAUCGGAGACAAUUGCUGCAACAUCUGCUGUGACCUGAUGGCCGACACGGAGCUGCGGCCCUGCGGACACGGCGGGAUGUGCAUGGAGUGUGCCUUACAGCUGGAGACCUGCCCGCUGUGCCGUCAGGACAUCCGAAAUCGCGUCAGGCUCAUCUCGCACGUGUCCUGACACACGCGUCGCCCAGCCAAUCAGGGGCCAGGAUAAGGACAAGGCCGAGGACACGUCCCCCCCCUCUCCCCCCGCGACUGUCGCCGCUCAGACCCUGGCCCCAGACGCAUACCACCGAGAGAGCGAGAGAAAGCCAGAGAGAAGGAAGGACAGAUUUGAUUUCUCCCUCUGAGCACCCUGCAACACACUCCCUGAGCACAGGUUUGGGAAGAAGAGCGCGUCCAGCUGGCUAAGACCAGAAGUAUUCCAAAGAGCGAAGGAUGGGAGAAGCUCCUGCUCACAGCUCGCCUGCUCUGCUCCGCCCACUCGCAGUCACGUGCCUCGCCCCUUUCCCCGCCCCACACUACUCUCUCAGAUUUCGUUAUUAUGCAGACCUUCAGGUUCAGUGUUAACAUCUGUUUUUUUUUAAAUCAGAUAUUUUAUUCCAGCAGUUGAAAGUGGAACAAUAACAAAGACUGUUCUCUCACUUCAAAGAUCCUGCAAGGCAGUGCCAGUGCUAGUCUUCUGACCUGAGGGACACGCCCAUUUUAGUCUCCGCCCCCAAAUCCCUGUUCCCUUCUUUCUCUCAUUCCCCACCUACAUUAAAUGGGUUUGGAGUCAUUCCUCGACUUUCUGCUGAGCGGUUUGGGUAAAAGACGAGUGUGUGCAGAUCAACAUAUGCGAUUGCUUAAUUGUAUAGAAUGAAUGAAACCUGUUUGGUAAUAAAAGCUUGAAUUAAAAGAAGAAAGAAAUUCAACAUUGCACAGUAGAGAUUGUGGGAAUAUUUUGAUACCAAGGGUGAUUAAGAUGACAUCAUCUCUUGGGCUACAUUCCGUGGAUGUCCCUCAGAAGAAAUUCCUGAAUCCCCACUACCCCCCCCCCCUUUCCCAAAUGCAGCACUGUCUAAAAUGGGGACUGUACUUGAAGGAGCAGGUGAGGUCAUUAUUUGACCUCGUUUUGGGAUCCCGAAACUCCCGAAAAUGUCUUUACACUUAUUGCCACAACGCCAACCGCAGCGAACCAGUCACGGCAUCAAGUCAGCAAUCUCAGCAUAUGCAGUAAAUACCAUAGAUAUCUUUGCAAACAGGUGCCUGUGUUCAGUCAAGUAGAAUUUUUUUUUUUUCCUUCAUGAAAAUUUUCUGGUCUGGUUUUUUUUUUUUAUUAGCUGUAAUUCACCCCUGUUGUAGUUUUCUGUCAAGAUGUUCAUUUUUAUUUACAGACAAUAAAUUUGGGUUCCCAAAGUUA